AUGAAGUUCGCCCACAGUUACGUGAGCACCCUCGAGAAUGAGGGCUUCCCUUCGCAAUGGGUGAGGUCGGCCAUCUCGUACCGCCAGCUGAAGAAGUGCAUCAAGCGGGUGCAGAGCGAGCUGCUGUCGCUGGGACUCAGUCCAGAUGUGCUCAACCGCUUCUGGCUGACUGAGGACGGCAGCCUGGCCGAUGGCGAGGGAGAUGGCAGGUUGGCCCGUGUGGGAUUUGCAUAUUCGCUCAGGGAGCAUGGGCGAUCUCUCUCCUUCCCUUGUUUUUUUAUGCUUCACACAAGCUUGUACUUAUACAGAACAACAGAAUGUAAAUCUUCCUCCUCCCUGCGCCCCGUUCUGACGUUCGCCAUGGGCCCGGACGAUAAGCCCCCCCGCGAACUACUUAGUUAUCCCGCCAUCGCACAAACGGACAGCAGCAGUAUCAGGUCCAACAGCACGAGCAGCAGCACCAGCAGCAGUGGCGGAAAUAAUCCCUGUACCGGUGAAUCCGAGAGCUCCUGCACCACGAAAACCGACGCGGACGGGCCCUAUCAGUCGAUCGAGAUCCCCCUCUCCUCCGACUCAGAGUUCUUCCGUCUGCUCAAAGUUGGUCUCUCCAACCUGGAGGACCUACAAGCGCACGAAAAGAAGGACCUUGACAGCCAGGUUGCCCUGCUUCGCGAAAGUAUUGUCGAAGUCACAAGCCCGGCGACUCCUACCAAAAAGGCCGAUCAAGUUGCCAUCUAUGCCUGGCGCGAAGUCUUCCGCAUCUACAUGGAGAUGCAGGUCUUCUUCUCCACAGGCGAAGCAGACUCCGGCGAGCGGUCGUCAGAGGUUGCCCGCCAGCGCCUCGAAGCCUUCCAGAAGCAGCUGGUCAAGCAGCAGCACGCCAAGAAGCUUGGGCGCAACGGCCGGCGCGCCCUUGAGAUGUUUAUGCAUAUCAACCUCGCGGUGCUGCAGAAUCUCAAGUUUCAGGAAAUCAAUGGCAUGGCACUGAGCAAGAUCCUGAAGAAGUUCGACAAGCAAACCGCGCUUCACGCGCGAUCCGCCUUUACUAAAACAGGACCGUUUUCCGCCAGCAGUCUCUCAAGGUCUGUCUGCCAGGCGAUCUCUGAGCAGAUAUUAGUAGUUGUGCCGCAGCUGGACGACUAUCUUUGCCCAGUCUGUUUCACUAUCUCCUUCAAGCCGGUCAGGCUGAGAUGCUCCCACGUUUUCUGCAUUCGGUGCCUAGUCGUCAUGCAACGCCAGCAACAGAACCACUGUCCCAUGUGCCGAGCCGAGGUUGUCAUGGAGGCAACAAGCAAAAACCUAGACCAAAAGCUGUUGACCUUCCUGCAGUCAUCCUUUCCCAAGGAAACCAAAACAAAGCAGAGGGAGAACGAGCGAGCCGCAAUGGUAGAUGUCUACGGCGAGCCUACCGACGUAUGCAACAUGAUGUAA